GGUGAUAAUAAAUAACUAGACUGCAGCUUGCUCGCCUUUUGAAAUCUCUCUCUCUCUCUCUCCAAAACAAAACGAGAAAAAAAAAUCUCCCAAUUCAAUUAUCUUUAUGUUUGGUUUAUUUAAUUAUGUAAUUAAUUGAUUGAAAACGAAGAAAUAGAUAGAGAAGAUGGCUACGGUAGAAUCGCUGGUGGCGCAAAUCCAAGGGUUAUCAAGCAGCGCUGGGGAUUUAAGUUUGUUGUUGACUCACUUGAAACAAGCAGAUGAGUUUCUGCACAAUGAGUCUACUCGGCUCUUGCCUUUUCUAGAACAGCUCGACCCGACUCUUCACUCUCUUGGUUAUCUUUAUAUUUUAGAGGCAUGCACUUCUUGGCCAGUUACCAACGAGCAAGCGAGAAGACUGGUUUUGAUCCUUUCCAGGUUUCUCACAUCUUGUGUUGCAGAUCAGAUUCGUUUGGCGCCUGAAAAGUUCAUCUCUGUCUGUAAGAGUUUCAAAGACCAAGUGCUGAUGCUUGAAGCACCUAUCCGUGGUGUGCUCCCUUUGCUGGAAGCUGUGAAAAAGCUACGCUCCUCCGAACAUUUGACUACUUUGCAUCCAGAUUUUCUUCAACUUUGUUUGUUGGCAAAGUGCUAUAAAACUGGUCUUUCCAUUCUGGAGGAUGAUAUUUUUGAAGUCGAUCAACCAAGGGAUUUUUAUCUCUAUUGUUAUUAUGGGGGGAUGAUAUGCAUUGGACAAAAGCGUUUUCAGAAAGCACUGGAGCUUCUACAAAAUGUCGUGACUGCUCCUAUGUCUUCUAUAAAUGCUAUAGCUGUUGAAGCAUUCAAAAAAUAUGUAUUGGUUUCUCUAAUUUACAAUGGACAGCAGUUCUCUACCAGUCUACCUAAGUACACUUCUUCAGCAGCUCAGAGGAAUCUAAAGACCAUAUGUCAGCCCUAUAUAGAAUUGGCAAAUACUUAUAGCAUUGGAAAAAUUUCAGAAUUAGAGUCAUACAUUCAGACAAACAGAGAAAAGUUUGACAGCGACAAUAAUCUUGGAUUGGUGAAGCAGGUUGUAUCAUCAAUGUAUAAGAGAAACAUUCAGAGAUUGACCCAAACAUAUUUGACUCUUUCCCUCCAAGAUAUUGCGAACACUGUACAACUCAGCAGUCCUAAAGAGGCAGAAAUGCAUGUGCUUCAAAUGAUCCAAGAUGGUGAGAUAUAUGCAACAAUCAACCAAAGAGAUGGUAUGGUUAGAUUCUUAGAGGAUCCGGAGCAAUAUAAAACCUGUGAGAUGAUUGAGCAUAUUGAUUCUUCUAUUCAGAGGAUAAUGACACUGUCAAAGAAGCUGACCGCAAUGGAUGAACUCAUAUCAUGCGAUCCUUCGUACUUGGCAAAGGUUGGAAGAGAGCGUCAGAGAUUUGACUUUGAUGAUUUUGACCCUGUUCCACAGAAAUUCAACAUAUAGGGGAAAUUGGAGGAUUGUGGAAUACAAGUGGAAUUUAAUUGAGAAUGAUGCUAAGUUACUACCUAUAACACUCUGUUUAAAGAGAUGGAAAAUUUAAACCCUUGUUUCACUUAAUUAAAAAAAAGGGAUAAACGAUAUCAAAUUAUUCUUCUUUUUUUGCCUCGUUUCUUUUCUUGAAAUAAGAAAUCCAGUUAAGUGACA